AUGCAAGAUAUCGUAUUGCCAACCGGGAUCACCCGACUGCCUCCAAAUCUGGGAGAAUCAAAACAUGGGAAGCUGAAAGCCGCACAGUGGCACAGUUUGUUUGCCUAUGUCAUUCCACUGAUUGUUCUGGAGCUCUUUGUGUUAGAUGUCAAUAAGAUUGUUGAAGAUUCCAACCAAGGUCAAAUUUUAUUAAAUAUCGCGGAUUUAUGCACAGGUCUUACAUCCAUACACAACUCCAAAAGCUUACUGGCUAGUAUCGAAAUUUGUAUCGGUAUCAGUCCUCAAGCCAAACAACUGUAUCAAGUACAAGUAGGAAGAGUGCAGUCGCAAACCAUCUUUGUUUCCCCUAACACAGUCACGGCGGUUGCAGCUUACAGGCUCUUAGAUGAUCACACUCACGCAAUUCCUAAAGAUGGAGUAAUCUUGCGUCCAUGUGACCACACAUCAGAACUUGACAUCUUGUAG